CCAAGGUUCAGAGUCCAGCACUUGCAGAGGAGAAGAGGUAGCAGCUGCUAUGAUCCAGGUGCUGCUGCUGCUGUUGCUGGCUGGGAACGGAGCCAUGGCCGCCAGCACUAAUCCUCGUUUGAAGCUCUCCUUCCAGGAUCUACGAAUGCGCCAUGGAUUGCGUACCUAUGAGCUGGAUCGCUCCUGUUGCUACGAUUCACUGCUGCUGGAUGAAGAGAGAGGACGACUUUUUGUAGGGGGGAAAAACUAUCUCGCCUCCCUGAGCCUGGACAACAUCAGCAAGCAGGACAAAAAGAUUUACUGGCCAGCGCUUGUAGAGUGGAGGGAAGAAUGUAACUGGGCAGGUAAAGACAUCAAUGCCGAGUGCAUGAACUUCAUCAAGAUUCUACACCUCUACAAUCGCACCCACCUGUAUGCCUGCGGCACCGGGGCCUAUCACCCCAUCUGUGGCUUCGUAGAGGUUGGGCAGCGCGCGGAGGACCCUGUUUUUAAACUGGAUCUCAAGAAGGUAGAGGAUGGCAAAGGGAAGAGCCCCUACGACCCACGCCACAUGGCUGCCUCGGUGCUCAUAGGUGAAGAGCUCUAUUCUGGUGUGGCUACUGACCUGAUGGGCCGUGACUUCACAAUCUUCCGCAGUUUGGGUCCGAGGCCUUCUAUCCGUACAGAGCAGCAUGAUUCUCGGUGGCUCAACGAGCCCAAGUUCAUUGAUGUCUUCUGGAUCCCGGAGAGCGAGAACUCUGAUGACGACAAGAUUUUCUUCUUCUUCCGGGAAACGGCUGUGGAAGGAGCCCAAGGGCUGGGCAAGCCCACUUUUGCCCGCAUUGGCCAGAUCUGCCGGAAUGACAUGGGCGGGCAAAGGAGCCUGGUGAAUAAGUGGACCACAUUUCUGAAGGCCCGGCUGGUGUGUGCAGUGACAGGCAGCGAUGGGAGCCACACCCACUUUGACCAGCUCCGUGAUGUCUUUCUGUUGCCAACCAGAGACAAGCGUAAUCCAUUGCUCUAUGCUGUUUUCACAACUUCCAGCACUGUUUUCAGAGGUUCUGCUAUCUGUGUUUAUCACAUGAAUGACAUCCGCAGAGCUUUCCUGGGGCCUUUUGCCCACAAGGAGGGGCCCAACUAUCAAUGGGUGUCAUACCAGGGCCGGGUCCCUUAUCCUCGCCCAGGAAUGUGUCCCAGCAAAACCUUUGGCACUUUUAGCUCCACUAAAGAUUUCCCUGAUGAUGUGAUUCAGUUCGCCCGCAACCACCCGCUAAUGUACAACCCCGUGUUGCCACAUGGCCAGCGUCCCAUCUUCCUGCAGACCAACGUGGACUAUACCUUCACCCGCAUUGCAGUGGACCGAGUUGCUGCAGCUGAUGGCCACUAUGAUGUCCUCUUCAUUGGCACAGACAUUGGUACAGUUCUGAAGGUGGUCUCUGUGCCCAAGGACAGCUGGGAAAAUAUGGAAGAGCUGCUACUGGAAGAGUUACAGGUGUUUAAGGACUCCUCUCCAGUUACCAGUAUGCAGAUCUCCUCCAAGCGGCAACAGCUCUACGUGGGCUCCAGGACUUCCGUUUCCCAGCUGCCCUUGCACCGCUGCGGCAUCUAUGGCAAAGCCUGUGCAGAAUGCUGCCUGGCGAGGGACCCCUACUGUGCCUGGGAUGGCACUGCCUGCACUCGCUACAUGCAUAACACCAAACGGCGGUCCCGGCGCCAGAAUGUGAGGAAUGGGGACCCCAAUACAUUGUGUUCUGGAGAUCCCCAGCGAAGCAGUGUGCCUGAAAAGAAGGUUUAUGGAGUGGAAGGCAGCAGUGUCUUCCUGGAGUGCCUCCCGAAGUCCUUGCAGGCCCAGAUUUCAUGGACAUACCAGAAAACCAGCAGUGCCAUCCCAAAGGAGGUGUUGCUGGAUGAUCGAGUCAUGAAGAUGGAGCGGGGAAUCCUGUUGCGCAGUGUGCAGCGCAAAGAUGCUGGCGUCUACCACUGCCAUGCCAAAGAACACGGAUUCACACAGAAUUUGCUGGACCUUCGGCUCGAAGUGAUCCACACCCAGCAGGCUGACUCCCUGUCCUACUCCUGGGAAGAGGAACCCACGCAGCCCUUCCAUCGCAAGCUCUGGUACCAGGAUUUUUUGCAGCUGGUGGAUCAUCCCAACCUCAGCACCAUGGACCAGGUCUGUGAGCAGUUGAGGAGCCGCAAGAGCCACCAGCCCAAGAAGAAGCCACCGCUACCCCCUCCACUGAGUGUCAACGCCAAGAAUCAAAAGUGGAAGCACCUAGGGGAAAAGAGAAAAGCCCGCAGCCGGAGAAUGCAUGAAGUGCCCCGUGCUGAGCGAGGACCCAGGAGCAUUGACAUCUGGUGACCUCUGAAGAACAUACACUGGACAACCUCUAUUCUGGCAGGGGGCCAGGGGAGCAGGGUGGGAGUGUGGGGAAAGGGGAGGCAGAGAAAGCAGAAUCUUUCAUAGCUUCUGUGGUUGACUGAAGAGGGCUCCCUUCCACACAGGCCUGAUACUUUUGCCUGCUGCUUGUGUAGUUUGUAGGGGAAGUGUUGUUGUCAUAGCAAUUUUAGCUUCCUUUUUUUAGAACCAGGUGCACAACAACCUGACAGAAGUGGGGAAUUCUGCACCCCUUGGCCUCUACCAUAACGCACAACCA